AUGGAGGCAGAGCCGAACAUUAAUGAACUAGGAGAUAAAAAAUCGUACGCCGGCAUACCGGAGGCGGAAUUUGUAGAAGAUGUGGACGCCUACAUGCAAAGAUCCGAGAACAACAGCAACGUAGACGAAGUGCUAAAAAGAUUAGAUAGCCAACACUCGAAAUACAAAUUCAUGGAGUAUAACCUUCUUUCCAAGAAGAAGAGACUGUUGAACCAAGUGCCGGAACUGAAGAGAUCGCUCACGAUGAUUGAAAAACUAGAGGAAGAAAAGGAGGACUUCGAAACGCAGUUUCUUCUUAGUGAACAAGUCUUCGCAAAGGCUAAAGUUCCUCCAACGGACACUGUUUACCUGUGGCUCGGUGCGAACGUAAUGCUCGAAUAUAGUUUAGAUGACGCCAAGAAAUUGUUGAGUCAGAAUAUAGCAGCGGCAACGAAAAAUUUGGGAUAUGUAGAACAUGACCUGGACUUUUUAAGAGAUCAAUUCACAACCACAGAAGUUAAUAUGGCACGUGUAUUCAAUUGGGACGUCAAGCGGCGUCACGCUCUGAAGGCGGCGGCAAAAUGA